AUGUCUAUGUAUUAUGGUCUUCGAGUGGGUAUGAGAUUUCAUCCUACUGACAAGGAACUGGUGGGUCACUACCUCCUCAACAGAGCUGUUAUGGGUGACCAGUUCCAGACCAAAUUCGUCUCCGGUUGUCCUGGCUUCUACGGCCAAAACGAGCCUUGGGUUAUUUGGGACCAGUACGGUGGUAAUAAAUCUGACGAUGUAGAGGCUCUCUAUUUCUACACACACCGCAAGAAGUUCAAUCCAACUGCCAAGUGUUUCGAUCUGAAGGUGGGUUCCGGAACUUGGAGAGAGCAGCGUUCAGAAGAUGAUGUUGACGAGGAGGGUUCAGAAGAUGUUGUUGACAAGGAUGGCAGUGUUAUUGGAAUCCGACGAGAUUAUCAGUAUGAAGAUGGAUGUGAUCCCCAUCAGAAUGGGGCUUGGUUGAUGCGAGAGUACCAGAUGAAGACUAAUACUCACAACAAUGACGCUACUGAUCAAGAACUUGUACUCUGCGUCUUGAGGAAGAACCCUGAAAAAGUACAACCAACAACAACAACAGCAACAGCUAUUGCGAAGAAGAACGGUAAUGAUGCAGAGGAUUGGUGUUCAGGUUCAUAUACCUAUAUAUAG